UAACUUAUCAGACUGUGCUGCGUAACAAAGUGUUAACCUGACCAAACCUGUUUAAAAUCUCUUUUUAAAUUUAGCAUUAAUAACAUUUUCUCUUUUUUUAAUCAUUUGUCACAGGCUAUAUCAUUAAGUCAUCGCAACAGAAAAAAUAUUAAAAUUUAACGAGCCCCCAUAAAAAAUUAAAUAAAUAAAUAAACAAAAAAAAAAGGAUUUUAUUUUGUGGCUGACAGGAAGUAAUGGAUUCGUCGCUUUAAUUCUGACUGUUCCUCGUCUUCUGCGGAAAACACCCAAGACAGAAAAAAAAACCCACACAGAAGCGGGGGUUUGUGUACCAGUCGGGUGUCAUUGCGGCUUUCUCUCAACAGUUUCUUUUUUUUCUUUUUUUUUUUUUAGUAAUUGUUUAUUUAUUUAUUCAUUCAUUUAAUUCAUUUUCCCCGUCCGGUCUGAGUCCUAACGUGGUAGUCUGUACGUGAGACCUGCUUCGUGUGCCAGGCGAACCAGAUGCCAGGCGCAUCUGUCUGAGGGGAAUAACCUUAGCACCCAAAGGAGACACAAAUCUGGCACAACAACACGGCCAUGUGAAGCGGAGCUAUGGAAGGCCGAAAUGCAAAACGCUCUCCAACGCACAGGAAUUAUCAAGACGGAGGAAGUCACGAUGAACUUGCGAUGAACUUAGUCGAUGAGAUGCUGAUGAAGCCGACGCUGACGUGGUGCAUAUCUGUGGAUUACAAAGGUGGAAGGGAACAUUCGAAACAGGCACGUCUGUAAAAGGAAAAAAAAAAAAAAAGUAGAAACUAUCUCUGGAUCACGUUGAUGAAGAGUAGGCGUUGCUCGUUCUGUGCUGAUGACACGAGACUGACUGGAUGAGUCAAAGGACAGCGUUGGAUGGAGUGGCCGUGGAUGCAGCGAUGUGAGAAGAAGACGGCUCUCCGGUGCACAGGUCCUGACCAUCGACGUGCUGCAGUGGUUCGUUACACGUAUGUGGAUCCUGAAGAGAAAAAAGUUGCCUCCUCAGAAUAAGAGAAACCAGUAGACGAUGUGUACCUGAGUGCUAUCUCAACGUUUUGGUCUACUCCUGCCGGUCGACAAAUCAUUUUCCUUUUUUACUGAAGUGCUCGUGAUGCCUCGAAAUCGAGCGUUCUCCGAGCCAGAGUACUCUGCAGAGUACUCGGCCGAUUGCUCCGUGACGUUGCCCUCUGACCCCGGGCAGGCCGUGGGGCGAACGCAUGAAGUCACGGUGCGGAGCUCGGGAUGCUGCCUCUGCCUGCCCCGGUUCAUGCGGCUCACCUUCGCGCCCGAGUCUCUGGAGAACCUCUACCAGACCUACUUCAGACGGCAGCGGCACGAAACUCUGCUGGUUCUCGUCGUGUUCGCCGCCCUGUUCGACAGUUACAUCAUCGUCAUGUGCGCGGUGGUCUACACCACUGACAAGUUGGCUUCCGUUCUGGUGGCAUCCGUGGGACUGGCGAUGGAUAUUGUCCUGUAUCUGCUGUGCCGCUGCGGCCUGCUGCCGGACCGCAUCUCGAGACGGGUGGUGCCCUACGCCCUGUGGGUGCUCAUAGCCAUCCAGAUAUUCUGCUACUUGGGUCUGAACUAUGCCCACUUCCACCAGGCCAGCGACACGGUGGGGUGGCAGGCCUUCUUUAGCUUUUCCUUUUUCCUGACUCUGCCUUUGAGACUGACACCCAUUGUCCUCAUCACCGCUGUCUCUUGCGGGGUCCACACACUGGUUCUGGGCGUCACCAUCGCCCAGCAGCAGCAGGGCAACAUCCAGGGAGCGGCGCUUGUCAGACAGCUAAUGGCCAACAUUGUGAUAUACGUUUGUGCGAUUACCGUGGGCAUCAUGUCGUACUACAUGGCUGACCGGAAGCAUCGGAAGGCCUUUCUGGAAGCGAGGCAGUCGCUGGAGGUCAAACUCAAUCUGGAGGAGCAAAGUCAGCAACAGGAGCGCCUGCUUCUCUCCAUUCUUCCAAAGCACAUAGCUGACGAGAUGCUCCAGGACAUGAAGAAGGAACCGAGUCAGAAAGAGAUGCAGCAGUUCAACACCAUGUACAUGUACAGGCACGAAAACGUCAGUAUUUUGUUUGCAGAUAUCGUGGGCUUCACCCAGCUCUCAUCAUCUUGCAGCGCUCAGGAACUGGUCAAACUGCUCAACGAGCUCUUUGCCCGCUUUGACAAGCUGGCUGCAAAAUACCACCAGCUGAGGAUCAAGAUCCUAGGAGACUGCUACUACUGUAUCUGCGGGCUGCCAGAUUACAGGGAGGAUCACGCUGCGUGUUCCAUCAUGAUGGGCCUGGCCAUGGUGGAGGCCAUCUCGUACGUCCGAGAGAAGACACAGACUGAUGUUGACAUGCGGGUCGGAGUGCACAGUGGGACGGUCCUGGGAGGAGUGCUGGGACAGAAACGUUGGCAGUACGAUGUUUGGUCCACAGACGUCACCGUGGCCAACAAAAUGGAAGCUGGAGGGAUACCCGGUCGUGUUCACAUCUCACAGAGCACACUCGAGUGUCUUCAUGGCGAAUUUGACGUGGAGCCAGGAAACGGAGGCGACCGCUGUGACUACCUGAAGGAAAGAGGCAUUGAGACCUACCUGGUGGUUGUUCCUAAAGGACCCCUGGGAAAGAACGGUAUCAACGGCGUGAAGCUGUCUGUAACCUCUUCCAAUGGAAACUCCCCACUGUUAAUCAACACCACAGAAUGUAACGGCAGUGUCAACACAGCCUGCACGACACCGGAGGAACCAGAAGAACUAGACACAAGGGUGGUGAACCCAUCCUUCCCUAACCCUCGUCGGAGGCUGCGGCUGCGGGACCUGGCCGAGAGGGUGAUCGAUGCUCAGGAGAACGAACAGGAGCUCAACAAACUGCUCAACGAGGCUCUGCUGGAGAGAGAGACAGUCCAAGCUCUGAAAGGGAAGCACACCAACAAGCUCUCCCUCCGGUUCGUGGAUCCAGACCUGGAGACGCGUUACUCCGUAGAGAAGGAGAAACAGAGUGGAGCUGCUUUCUGCUGCUCCUGCGUGGUCCUGCUUUUCACUGCAGUUAUGGAGGCGCUCAUAGACCCCUGGUUGAUUGCAAACUACAUCACCUUUGUAGUAGGAGAGGUCCUGCUGCUCGUCCUGACAAUCUGUUCUCUGGCUGCCAUAUUCCCUAGAGUCUUUCCCAAGAAGCUGGUGUCUUUCUCCACCUGGAUCGAUCACACCCGGUGGGCACGUAACACCUGGGCCAUGGCGGCCAUCUUCAUACUCACUGUGGCUGACAUCGUGGAUAUGCUGAGUUGUCUGCCUGAAGCCCCAGACUCAGGCAGCACCACACCACCACCACCCUCCUCUUCCUCUUCCUCUUCCUCCUUGCCCUUGUCCAGCCUCGAAGGUUGCCUCAACAACCCCAAAUACUACAGCUACAUCGCCGUGCUGGCGCUCAUGGCCACCACCAUGCUGGUUCAGGUCAGUCACAUGGUCAAGCUCACGCUGAUGCUACUCAUCACGGUGGCCACUGGCAUCGUUAACAUCUACAGCUGGAAGGACAUCUUCGACCGCUACGACAUGGCCCCCUCCCAGAACUUCAGAUCAUACCCGGUCCCCUCCAAGUUCACAAUGACAGUUAUGAUCUUCAUUAUGAUGGUCAGCUUCUAUUACUUCUCCAGACACGUGGAGAAGCUGGCCCGCACUCUUUUCCUGUGGAAGAUUGAGGUCCACGAACAGAAAGAAAAAGUGUAUGAGAUGAGGCGCUGGAACGAAGCGCUGGUGACCAACAUGCUUCCUGAACACGUGGCUCGACACUUCUUGGGCUCCAAAAAGAGGGAUGAAGAGUUGUACAGCCAGUCCUAUGAUGAGAUUGGAGUCAUGUUUGCCUCAAUCCCCAACUUUUCUGACUUUUACACAGAAGAAAGCAUCAAUAAUGGAGGCAUUGAAUGCUUACGAUUUCUCAACGAGAUCAUCUCAGACUUUGACAGUCUGCUGGAUGAGCCUCAGUUCCGCUGUAUCACAAAAAUCAAGACCAUUGGCAGCACCUACAUGGCAGCAUCAGGUGUCACCCCAGACAUCAGCAACGGCUACAGCUGCAUGAAGAAGGAGGAGCCGUCUGACAGAGAGCGCUGGCAGCACCUGGCAGACCUGGCAGACUUUGCUCUGGCCAUGAAGGUCACACUCAUGAACAUCAAUUACCAGUCAUUCAACAACUUCAUGCUACGCAUUGGUCUGAAUAAGGGAGGGGUGCUCGCAGGUGUGAUCGGUGCCCGCAAACCCCACUACGAUAUUUGGGGCAACACUGUGAACGUGGCCAGUCGCAUGGAGUCCACAGGGGUGAUGGGAAACAUUCAGGUGGUGGAGGACUGCUACAACAUCCUGAGAGAGUACGGCUUCCGCUUUGUGAGGAGGGGGCCCAUCUUUGUGAAGGGGAAAGGGGAACUGCUCACUUAUUUUCUGAAGGGAAGAGACAAACAAGGCUCAUUUAUCAACGGCUCCUCUGUCACUCUGCCACACCAGGUGGUGGACAGCUAAGGGCUACAACACACACACGCACACACACACACACAUACACUACGCACACUCCCACUCCCACUAAUAACAUAGUGUGUGUGAAAUGCAGACGGGGCGGAGGAGAGGGUUUUUUGGAAUGAGAAGCCAUUUGUUUAAAAGUGCGGAGAUGCCUGCACAUAAGAAGUCAAAUUCAGACGAUAUCGAUGCACUUCGUACAACAUGUGUCCCCUACCUAUGGAAAGACAUAGAUGCCAGUGCAGAUUGUAUUUUGAUUUUGAAUGUCGUAAAGUUGCAAAAACCAUGGACGAUGACUAAAACGAUUAGAAAGUGACCGCGACAGAAAUAGACGAGAGCAUCGGGCGUGUAGAAACAGACCUGGUGUAAGAUCAAAUGACACAAAUAAAAUAAAGUUUACAACAUAGAUCUAGUCCAGAGGGAACGGACUCAUUCUGGAGCAGCUGUUGUCGCAAUGUUAAGAAAAACUGGAUUUUUGCCAAAGGGGAAUUAGAUAUUUGCCUCUCACCUAAGUUUUUAGUAAAUUUUUCAAAUAUUCAGAAGAUUAAGCCGUGACCCGCUUCUCACCUAAAGAGUUGCAACGGAUCAUUCGUUUUUGUGACCUGUGCCUGAGACCUGCAGCCUGUAGAAUGCUUUCACAUUGUUUGUCCAACUCUGACGAUUGGAAACAGCCUCCAUCAUGAGUCACGCUGCACAACUGUCACGAGAAUCAAGAUCCAAAUCAGAAAUCCAUUCAGUCCAUGCACUCAUCAGGUAUUUUGUGGCACUCCCAAGAACGUUCAACGCCAAAUUUCUGUCUUUGACUGCAGCUUUUCUAAUCUUGCCUGCACAAAACAUGGACACGGCGAUAAAUCUCAAAGUGCCACAAAUAUUUAGGAAGUUAUGCUUUUGUGUCCGGCUGUGCAGGACUUUGAGACAAAGCUUUUUAAAGAGAAGAUCCUAAAUGUGCCUGUGAAACAGGGCGGGAUGCGAAGGUCCCACAUUCCUCAGUCCUUUACCUUAAACCUAACCAUCACAGCUGAAUAACCUAAACCAUGACCUGAUCCUUAAGCCAAGUGUUUAAUCCUAAAUCAAAAACUCCUGACAAAGGAUUCAGAUUGCACAAAUAUAAAAAAAAGUGGGAGCACACACACAGUCACGCACAUUAACAUUUCUGCAAAAUACGAGUUGUGGUGUCAUUUCCUCCGCUAAUAAACUAUAUGUCGGACGCCCAGCCUAAAUUGUGAGCUUUCUCAGAAUUUACAAAAACACUUCCAUGUACGGAAACCCAUAACAGACUGACACAAAUUCAGAUUUACUGUCUCUGAUGCGGAGGAGGACUUUGGAAGCGAACCAGUUAGAGGACAGAGUGUGACAAUGCAGACUGAUCUGCCACCUGCCGCUGGUCAUGUGUAGUCAUGGGUUUGUAUUACUCAUAGAGUAUUUUUCCACAGUUGAAAUAUUUGUUCUCCUUAACUCCGAUGUGGGAAGAGGCAGCGAUGUGUCAGUGCGACUCCCGAACCCGGAGCGGUGCACUGCAACGCUGGCUUUGUGCCUCGGAGAAGAAGAAGAAGAGGAAGAAGAAGAUGAUGUUUUAGGAGUGGAAGAGAUGACGCAUGGUAGAAAAUAUUCUUCACACUGACAGUGGAUUGAUGCAAGUGCCUAUCACAGCUGUGAUCACCAUGUAACUUAGUUAAAGGAUCCCAUUUCUAAAGUCAGGGGGGGAAUUUUAGCAGUUCUUUCACGGGUUUGAUUUUUGUAGCUCUGUUCAUAGACUUUGUACGGUUAAUAGCUGAGAUCUGUAAACGAGCGUCCCAACAGUACAUUCACGCAAAGUUAAUUGGGAAGAUAAUUGGCAACGUGGGCUGAAACUAAAUGUAAAUGUGCUUGUAAUUUGGCUGCGAUACGUGAUCUCAGCUGUUAGCCUGGUCAACGCUUUGUUCAGAAACCCAAAAAAAAGGAUGAAUUUCUUUAACUGUGGCUGUGACCGAAAAAGUUUAUUUCCUGAUGUACAAAAACAAUGAUGUAUUCAUGACCACCUGGUAUUAACAUGCCGUAAGAAGCUGUAUCCUGAUUUUGAGACACUGGCAUUUACACUUGUAAUUAAUGAUCGUGACCUUCUGCAGCAGGUUCACUGUUUGCUUUGUCAGCGCCGUCUAGCAACGGUGGCGGAGCCCGCAAAUUAAAACGUCUGUAUAUUUGACGGCCGGUCAGGUGGCCAUCUUUUUUUUGAGAUCUGAUCACAGUGUGAGGCAAGACUGCCUCUACAUGUGAAAUGUGUUUUCUGUGACAUUCAGAUACAGAUUCCAUGGUAAUACAAGGUGGACAUUGAGCCUCUUUUGUAGUGCAUCACGGCCCUGGUGUCAUCUGUCUGUCUUUUUUUAGUUUCUGCUUGCUUAGUCAUGUAGACGGCUGCCUAGUCCAACAUGAACUCAGAUAUGUGCAGCAGGGUGGGGGGCAGGGGUGGGGGGGGGGGCAUGCACAAAGGUUGUGCAUGUUCACGUUCACAGCCUCUGCAGAUCUAACCUAAAUCUGAGUCAUCUUGGUACCUCUACCCAAAGUGGGAAUAAUGUGGAAGUGCUAAUCCCCUAAACCAACACGCCAAAACAAAAAAUGUGCCACGCUUAAAAAAAACAACAAAAAAAACGUGCGUCACUUACAUGAAAUUGCACGUUGAGUGUGUAUACGGAGGUGUGUAGGGAACAAGGCUACUGCACAGAAACAUGCACACACCGAGGCCACGACGCAGCUCUGAAUGCAUCCGGGGGAAACUCUGGAGACGUGACUCCCUCUAGUUUGUGUUUUGGAUGUUGGAGAAUUUCGUUGAGGAGGUUGCGUCCGCCCACCUGUCAGGAAGCAGAUGUACUGCAUGUGUGUGUUUUGAUGGAACGUGUUUUUCGGAGCCGCGGCUCCGUCCUCUGCUGAUUGUAAAUCCCGCUAGUGUCUCUGUAGGAAGGAAGGGAUGAAAGUGCAAUAGUUUCUUCUUCUACAAAGCCGACGCUCUCCUCUCGUAAGGAAAGGUUCAAUCAGUCCUUUAAUUCAUAUUUUUAUAAUGUUUUGUUUUAUUUAAAAAGAGAUAAAAAAGGGAAGAGGACUGUACAUGUUUUCAUUGUAUAUAGAAUUUAGAUAGUGUUAUUGGUCUGAUUUAUUUAUUAGAAAUGACAAAGACAUUGUUUUAUGUUUUUUUUUUUUUUUCUUACGUGGAUGUGAAAGUGCCAAUGACAAAGGAAUGGCUUUAAAUGUAAAAAAAGAAAAGAAAAGAAAAAAAAAGCCAUAACAUGGACCUCAGCUGUUUGCUGAGUUGUAUUUUCUGAAAGAAUCUCAGGAUUGGGGAACAAAAAAAGCACUUUGGAUAAUGGUUUGGGUUUUUUUUCUUUCUUUUUUUUUGAACUAUCUACCAACUCAAAAAACACUAAAUGUCCAUCUGGAAGGCCCACGCCAGCAGGACGAGCUGGUGGCAUCAAAAGACGAUUCAAUCCUGUGGUUCUUCUUACUGUUCAGACUUUGAUUCCACCUCACGUUUUUUGUGGAUUGAAUUAGACAUUCUGUAGGUCUACUUAGCCUGUUCUGAGGAGUUGAUCCCGGUCCCCGUUUUAAGUUGAAGUAUUUUUCACUCAGUGCACCCUCUUUCUUUUCAGUUGUUUUGUCAUCAUACGGUGAGUUGAUUAAAAAGAAAUCUAAUAAAA